UCGCUGCGUCUACAAGCGCCUGCCCACCGGACACAGUAGCUAAGUUUACUGUAACAGCGGAGGACACGAUGAACGCGCUACCGAUCUUCUCCUUUCCUUUGUUGUUCAGCUCGUUGGUCUGGAGUGGAUAUCUGGAAUAUGACCAAGAUGUCUUGAUACCAGAAGACUGGACUCAUGUUGGUCGGGUUGAUCCUACAGAGGAGCUGGAGCUGACCUUUGCCCUGAAACAGCAGAAUGUUUAUCUGCUGGAGGAAAAACUCAGACUGGUGUCAGACCCUGACUCAGCACAGUAUGGUAAACACCUCACCCUGGAGGAAGUAGCCUCCCUGGUGCGUCCAUCUGAACUGACCCACAAGGUGGUGCGUCACUGGCUGCAGAGUCAUGGGAUUACAAACUGCCUGACUGUUUGCACUGAGGAUUUUUUACAGUGCACCAUGACUGCAGAGGUUGCAGAGACUCUGCUCCCAGGAAGCAGGUUUCACCGUUACAUCAGAGAUGGACAAUCUCAAGUGAGGUCUUCAGCUCCGUACUCUGUUCAUGAUGAUGUUCACCAGCACCUUGACUUUGUUGGAGGACUUCACCGCCUCCCUCCCAAAGGGCAAGACCUCAGUAAAGAGCUGAAGCAGUCGAAGGAAGGAGUGCACCUGGGAGUGACUCCUGCCAUCUUGAGGACCCGCUAUAACCUGACAGCAGCUGAUGUGGGAACAGCUCAGAACAACAGCCAGGCUGUAGCUCAGUUCUUGGAGCAGUACUAUCACCCGGCAGACCUGGCUGAGUUCAUGAACAUGUUUGGCGGGAGCUUCCAGCAUCUGUCUCAGGUGGAUCGAGUUGUAGGCACCCAGGGAGGAGGAAAGGCCGGUAUUGAGGCCAGUCUCGAUAUAGAGUACAUCAUGAGCACAGGGGCAAACAUCUCCACUUGGGUCUUCACCAACCCAGGCCGCCAUGAGUCCCAGGAGCCUUUCCUCCAGUGGAUGCUUCUGCUCAGCAACAUGUCUGACCUGCCUUGGGUUCACACGAUCAGCUAUGGCGAUGAUGAAGACAGCCUUUCUGCUGCCUACAUGAUGCGCAUCAACACAGAGUUCAUGAAGGCCGGCGUCAGGGGAAUCUCUUUGCUCUUUGCUUCGGGUGACAGUGGUGCUGGUUGUAAACAUUUGGGUAAAGAACAAAACUCCUUCAGGCCCAGUUUCCCAGCCUCAAGCCCAUAUGUUACUACAGUCGGAGGAACCUCAUUCAAGAACCCAUAUAAGGUCACGUAUGAAGUCACAGAUUACAUCAGUGGAGGAGGCUUCAGCAACAUCUUCAAGAUGCCUGACUACCAGGUCAGUGCAGUGGAGGGGUAUCUGAAGACUGUAGCAGCAACCCUUCCUCCUAAGUCAUACUACAACGUCAGUGGCAGGGCUUACCCAGACAUGGCAGCCCUGUCUGAUAAUUACUGGGUGGUCAGCAACAGAGUGCCCGUCCCCUGGGUGUCUGGGACCUCGGCGUCAACCCCUGUGGUCGGAGGCAUGCUGUCUCUAAUCAAUGAUCAUCGGCUGCUGAAGGGCCUGCCUGCCCUGGGCUUCCUCAACCCUCGCCUUUACAAGCUAAAGGGACAAGCCCUAUUUGAUGUGACUGAAGGCUGUCACCUGGGCUGUCUGGACGAGCAGGUUCAGGGGAAAGGUUUCUGUGCUGCACCAUCAUGGGACCCUGUUACAGGCUGGGGGACACCAAACUACCCUGAACUACUGACUGCCCUGUUAGCUUAGUGAACACCUGCAGUUCACGAGAGCAGGUACUAUACACACAUCCAAACUCUAGACCAGGUGCCUGAUGCCAAAGACUGGAUGGUGUAAUGGAGGGAAACUAUGCCUACACUUCAGAUUUAUGCCUCUUUGUUUUUCUCUCAUGUUCAUUUGAGGUUGAAACGCUGCAUUAUUCCAAUCCGCAGGAAGGUUUUUAUCUGUUACCAUCGCUACUUCUAUCAUUUUUAAGGAUAUACUACAACUUUAUCGGCACAUUUAAUUUUCUUCAAAAGGCUCAAAACCUUUCUCGAAUUUUUUUAGGUCAUGGAUGGUUGUAGUUUGGAAUUUUUAACGCUACACUGCGGUUGCCUGUUUUUGCUGUUGAGUGCAUUUUAACUGACCCAGAUUUCUCUGUGAAUCACUUGCAAGCAGCUGGAUGUUUACACAAAUCUUAUGCUUUAAAUUCAUGCCACUAAUUACACAGCGAUGGGGACUUACUGGAUACUAGAUGCUAUGCAUAAAACCUAAAUAAAUCAACAUAAAAUAAUGCUGAAACACACACCAAUCUCCUUUUUUUAGAUACUUAGGCCUAUUUAAAUAUAUUUUUUAUAUUAAGACAGUGUUAUAUAUUAGAUGUCAUUCAAAAAUCUAUGUACUGGAUACAACGAUUUCACCAGAUCAAGGGAAUUUAGCAUAUUUAGCAUAGCGCAUUUGGUUUGUAGUUAAGAUUGAAAUGGCCAUAAUGGGUAAUAAUGUCUGUUUUUCCAAACUACUAUUCAGGGAUGAGCUAGAUACAAAUGUCAUCAUUUCAUUUCAUUUCAUUUCAUAACAAAUAGAUUGCAUGCAAUUCUAAAAAUGUCACACUAUUUGCAAUCGAAUGGGAUCAUACUUAAUGGUUCAUAAGAUUUCUUUUUUAAAAACUUUGGUUUGUUGCUGUUUGCUUUACGGCUAUGAACUAACCAAAUUGCACUGUAAUAUGUGGGUUAAAAUGAUUCAGCAGUUCUACCCACCACCAUUGUUGCACUUUUUUUUUUUUUCAUUUAAAUCUUUUAGCCAUGUUAAUCUUCAAAUCAGAUGUGUUUAAUGUGAGAAAAACUGCCUGUGCUGUGUUAUUUGUGAAUUUAUUAAAGCUGGACUUUUACUUGGAAAUGUCCUUUUGAUUGCUCAGGAUUAUCCUGAGCCAUGUUUGUGAAAACUGAUCUUGAUGCUGCAGAUUUUGUACCAAAUGCCUGACGAAUAUGUUGUACAAAAUAUCUCUUUAAUCAGAUGGCCUUAAAAAGAAACCUUUAAUUUACAAUGCAAACUCAUGUUCCCUCCAGUUUCUAUUGUUUUAUCUGUGGUGUACUAUGUCAAGCAGAAAGGAUGAGUUGACAAUGUGUUCAAUUUCAUUGACAAACUGUAUUCCAGCUGUAAGAUGUUACUUUGAAGCUGCUAAAUUCAAGUUUUAAAAUGUGAUAAAAUGAUCAUUUAUGAACAUGCAGUAUGCUGAAGAAUUAAACAACCAGGAUUUGUUUUA